AUGUUUUCGUGGGUUGUGACCGUCGGAAAACUAUUCAAAAAGGUCUUGGAGGAGAGUUUUAUGUCUGCUGAUGAUUCGAAGGCAACGGUUAGACUGUUCAAAAUUGGAAAGGAUUCUUUUGUUAUGGCUCAUGAGCUGCUCCAAUCAAUGAAAAACAAGAAUAUGGAUGUAUCGGAGUUUGAGGAGGAAGUUCUCAAAAUGACGAAUGUGGCCACAUUCAAUUUCCGAGAAGUCGCUCAAAAAGUGAAGAUUGGAGACAUGAAGAACAUUGAGUUCAUUCGAAUUAACACCAGAGAAUCCAAUAUCACUCCCAUCCCAAUCCCAGCGCCCGAUGGAACUUAUUGCGUCCCUGCCACCGAUGCUCUCUACGAUCUAAUCAGCGACAUUACUAUGUUCAAGAAAGUGUUUCAAAGAAUCAAUCGAAGCCAAUUUGAGCAUAUUAAAAACUUUUUUGAGUCUGUGGAACACAUUUUCCAUCACAAUGGAGGUGACUAUUUUAUCAGUAUGGAGGAUGUGGAAUGGGUCAAAGCAAAGUGGGAGAAGACUUAUGAAGAGAACUUGAAGUCGUCAGUAGCCGUCAAACAUAUUCGGAAGGUUCGAAAAGGAGGAUUCACAGAAGAUGAUUUGGAUAAAGAACUCGAGUAUCUGAAUCUCUACAACUGUUUGCCGGAAAUGAAGCGGGAAGUUAAAUGGGCGUACAAGUUAGUCACCAAAGAGAGAAAUUCUACUCUGAAGCUUGAAGAUAUGCACUCCGCCGUCUUUCAAUGCCAAAUGACGAUUCUCCUGGAAAACCUUCCCAAUGUUUACCAGUUUUUGCACAGCCAAAAGAUGUGCAUGAAGUGGGUGCCAUAUGUGGCAUGUGUAUUUUGUGAGAAGCCGAGAUUGAAAACGCUGCUGAACAAGUCGUCGCGAACCGAAGAAGAGGAACAGGAGUUUAUGGAAUUGACUGAUGUCUCCGUAGUAGCACCACCAGAAAAAACCAACGUCAUCGAGGAGGAUAAGGAACAAGAAGUUUCAUCUGCUGUUCCGAAGAAGAAACGGUCUAGAAAGGCGAAGAAAUCUGAAGAAGCCUCCAGCCCAAAUCCCUUGGAUUCUCCUUCCACCCCAGAACCCGAAAUGCCAGAAGCAUCCAAGGAAUCGCAAUCAUGUCCAAAGUGCUCUAGAGCUAGCCAUUUCGCUGAUGUCGCAAAUGAGAAGCUGAGAGUUUCCAAAGUCGAGUGUAAGCAUCUAAAGAAAGAGUUGGCAAAUGCUGAGUUAGAAGUCGAAGUUCAGAAGCAGAAAGGAAUGGACAAAGAUGAAAGAAUCAGAAUUCUAGAAGAACUUUUGAAAUCCAAAGAUGAUCUAAUCGAAAGACAGAACAUGGAUCUCCUUGCAAAGCAAGACACGAUUAUGAACCUUGAGAUGGAGAAACAAUCGGAAAUCAGAAUCAUGGAACCAAUUAGAAGUGACGAGGAGACGGAGAAAGUCAGAGAUGUGCUCUUCAAACUUCUCGAGAUCCAAGGAACUCUUCGAAGCGGGAACCCAGUUGGAAAAUGCAGAGAACUUGCUCAACGAAUCUGUAUGAAGGCUCACAACAAGGAAAUCGAAGAUGCCACUAGAAUUGAAGCAAUUAAAUUUUGCGAGAAGGCUAAAAUCUACAUUCAAGCAGUCAACACCCAGUUGGAGAUGAUCCGUGGAAGCCGACUAGUCAAACCAGAUGAGAUUCCAGAACUUCCAGAGUUCCCAGCUCUCUCCAGAGGAUUCUUGAAGACCUACGAAGACAUCUUCAAGUCAGAAGCUCCAAAGAUUUGCCAACCUCUUCUGAAGACUCCAGAAGUGAAACCAGGAGAGCUUGCUGACACUGAUUGCUUGAUCUGCAUCGAGGAAAUGGAAUCGGAGGAAGGAACUAUCAAAUGCGAGUGCUGUAAACGGAGAUAUCAUACCGAGUGUGCUCAAGAAUGGUUCAAGACAAAGAGAACGUGUCCUGCAUGCAGUUCAGCCCUUCUGGAUGAUUCCGAAUUUCCAACAUUGGGUCAAAGAUGGUAA